AAAGGGAGACACAAAGUGAAGCGGAGACCUCAGAAGGAGACAGAGGACCGAGAGUGGGGAUGUGGAAGGGAAACAGCCCAGGGGGGAUCCAAGGAGUAGCUAUGGAAGGACCUGGUGGAGAGCUGGGAGGACAGGGGAACUGGGGUCUGGAAGAUGCCCCAGGCCUCUUGGCUAGGGCCUCACUGCCCAUCAUGCUCCCAUGGCCACUGCCUCUGGCAUCCUCCGCCCUUACCUUGCUCCUUGGAGCCCUCACCUCCCUUUUCCUCUGGUACUGUUACCGUCUGGGCUCCCAAGACAUGCAGGCCCUGGGGGCUGGGAGCCAGGCUGGAGGUGGGCCUGGGGGAUGCUCUGAGGCUGGCAGGCCAAGUCUAAGGAGCUCUGGAGAACCUGGGGAAGGAUCCAGGACAGAAGGCCUAGUGAGCCGUCGGCUUCGGGCCUAUGCCAGACGCUACUCCUGGGCUGGGAUGGGCAGGGUGAGGCGGGCAGCGCAGGGUGGUCCAGGCCCCAGGGGAGGGCCAGGGGUCCUGGGCAUUCAGCGCCCAGGCCUGCUUUUCCUACCAGACCUGCCUUCCUCUCCCUUUGUGCCACGGGAUGCCCAGCGGCAUGAUGUGGAGCUCCUGGAGAGCAGCUUCCCUGCCAUUUUGCGGGACUUUGGGGCUGUGAGCUGGGACUUCUCAGGGACUACCCCUCUGCCUCGCGGCUGGUCUCCGCCCCUGGCGCCUGGGUGCUACCAGCUCCUGCUGUACCAAGCAGGCCGGUGCCAACCCGCCAACUGCCGCCAGUGCCCAGGGGCCUAUCGGGUACUGAGGGGGCUGCGGAGCUUUAUGAGCGCCAACACCUUCGGCAAUGCCGGCUUUUCUGUCCUCCUGCCUGGGGCCCGGCUUGAGAGCCGCUGUGGGCCCACCAAUGCCCGGGUCAGAUGCCAUCUUGGCCUGAGGAUCCCCCCUGGCUGUGAGCUGGUGGUUGGUGGCGAGCCCCAGUGCUGGGCUGAGGGGCACUGUCUGCUGGUGGACGACUCCUUUCUGCACACAGUGGCUCAUAAUGGCUCCCCUGAAGAUGGGCCUCGAGUGGUCUUCAUCGUGGACCUCUGGCACCCCAACGUGGCUGGGGCAGAGCGCCAGGCCCUCGACUUUGUCUUCGCACCAGACCCUUGAUGUUGGGUGCUCCCUCAGACACCUGCGCUGGAGAGAUGCUGCACUCAGGGACGGCUUGAGUGGCAGCCAGGACCUCCUCUCCACUGCAGCGGGUGGGCAGGGGCUGAGGGUGGCAACUGGACAAUGAGCACUGAAAUAUAAAUUUGGAACCCUC